AUGGUUUUGGAAGCUGGUUCAAAUUCUAUAGAAACCAUCAAACACCCUGGGGAAUUUGAUACAAAGUUGAAAACAGUUUUAUAUCCUAAAGACUUCGAUUCAGUCUCAGGCUGGAUACCCGACGUUGGCAAUCGAAAUGUUUUAAAAGAACCGGUAAGAAAUCUUGCAAAUGAUGCCGAUUUAGCUAGAGUGAGAGUUGUUGCUCGAAACACAAUAGAAAUAGUAGCACGAGCAGCUAAUCAUGGAUUCGAAAAACGAGUACUUCAGUAUAAUAAUGUUGUUGAGAAUAAUAGGUGGGUUAAUUACGUAAAUUGGAAAUUAUAUCCUUUAUUCGGUCUGUUGGAACACAGAAAGGUUUCAAUAGGGUUACCAUAUAAAAUCCAUCUACAAAGAGAAAUCAAUGAUGAUAAAAUAUUCUUUGGAGAGAAUGCUUCAGAUGCAAAAUUAAAAAUAUCGAAUCUCCAACUUUACGUACCAGUAAUAACACCAUCAAUUGAAGUAGAAACGAGAAUAUUCAACUCAUUAACUAGAGAUAUUGAAAUAGCAUUUCUUCGUCGUAAUACAAUAGGUAGCAUAACUUUAACUGGAGAAGCCACUACAUGGCCAAUCACUAACACUAUUAAACCAGCAAGAUAUUUAAUGGUUGGUUUCAAGAACUUACCAGAUUCUCAAACGAAUAACAAUAAUAUCUUUAGAGUAGCAAUGAACCAAAUUCAAGAUCCUAUAAUCCGUAAAGUUCAAGUAAGAUUAAACAACGAUAAUUAUCCUAACCAACCUUUAACAAUUAAUCCAUCCAUGAAGGAUUAUAAUGAAUUGUAUAGAAACUAUAAAAAUAUGUGUGAAUUAUUUGGAAAUUCACCUCAGUUUGAAUAUGUAGAUUUUGCACUUAAUCAUCCAAUCUUCUGUUUUGAUCUAUCAGCUCAUCAAGAAGAUCUUUCAAAACAGGAGUAA